AAUGAUCACAAGCGUUCUUCUUCCCGUAAUGUUUAUGGCCAUAUAUAGGUCGUUUGAAUAAAUAAGAGAGAUUAAUUUAGUCUUUGAAAGGGUUAUAAGCAAUGUCGCUUCGUACUUAUGGUAUUUGCAUACCUCAAAUUCGGCCCUGUUCAUGCUUUUUGGUCCAAAUCUAAUCUGAUGCGUGCAGCAACGCCCCACGGACUGCCACCUUGUAAAGGAAACGACAACCAGUUAGCUAGCCUCUGUUUACAGUUUUGUGGAAGAGAAUAAUUCGUGUCCUGCCGUGCGAAACUGUGACUUUUUGUAUCGCAGCAGUAUGGCGGAGUUACACGUUGUGGAGCCAAGUGGGACUGGCAUCUUAGAACAACCAGAACACCGUGAAAUUCGUGGUUCGGUAAGGCUUCCCUCGCCCACUCUCGUGAUUCCCCCUCGGAGCGGCAUGUCCAGUCCAGGGGUGUCUAGUUCCAGACCAGUGUUUGGGUUCCCCAUGAAGAGUAGCCCUGCAUCCCCGUCAGAUCAGUCAGAGAAACCGGGGUCUCGAUGGGUCAGGCUCAAUGUCGGUGGGACCUACUUUGUCACUACAAAACAGACAUUGUGUAGAGAACCCAAAUCGUUCCUAUCUCGAUUAUGCCAAGACGAUCCAGAUUUGGACUCUGACAAGGAUGAGACUGGAGCCUACCUAAUAGACAGGGACCCAACAUACUUUGGCCCCAUCUUGAAUUACUUGCGGCACGGAAAGCUGAUCAUCAACAAGAACCUGGCCGAGGAAGGUGUGCUGGAGGAGGCCGAGUUCUACAACAUUGCAUCCCUGGUGAGACUGGUCAAGGAGAGGAUACGAGAUAACGAGAACAGGACGUCGCAGGGCCCUGUCAAGCAUGUCUACAGGGUGCUGCAGUGUCAAGAGGAGGAGCUGACUCAGAUGGUCUCCACCAUGUCAGACGGCUGGAAGUUUGAACAGCUCAUAAGCAUCGGCUCGUCCUACAACUAUGGCAACGAGGACCAGGCCGAGUUCCUGUGUGUGGUGUCACGCGAACUCAACAACUCUACCAAUGGCAUUGUCAUCGAGCCCACUGAAAAGGCUAAGAUUCUCCAAGAGAGGGGCUCUCGGAUGUGAGAAGUGACCCGUAUGCGCCUGACCCCAUUCCCCCGCUCUCUACCCUCUCUGCCAUCACAUCGCCCCCUGGUGGGCCAUGAGUUCACCCUGCCUCCAUGCAUGCACUAACGUCUUCUCUACACCCCUUCCCUUCCCUCCCCCAUACACAUAUACUUACAAAUACACACACACACACAAACACACAUAUAUAUAUACACACACCACGACCACGUUCACCCCCUUGUGCCUUUCCGUGGCGGGCCUGAGCUACGCCCCCCUCUCUGCAGUGCUGCAACAUCUGCUCUCAUCACCUACCACCACCAUCAGCACUAAACACCAUUGAGUGCACACACACACACACACACACACACACACACAUACACAUACACAUACGCACAAACACACACGCAUAUGCAUUCACAGGCAGAGAUCCUCCUCACACACACACACACACACACACAGACAAAGGCAAAGGCUGAUCUGUGAGUGACACCUAGCUAAAUCCGUCUCGGUUAGAGUAAUGUAGAGAAAUCCGUUUCCAGUGCAAAGGUCACGUAUCGCCUGUAUCACAUGCUAGACAGCCUCACUCACAGCAGGCAUGGCGAAGUGGAUACAACUGACAUUUUACCACCACUUACUCUGGUGAUGAGUGUGGCCAUGUGUGUGUCUGAGUGAGCUUGUACAUGUGUGUUAACAUAGUGAGUGCCCCUCACCUCCUUAAACUGUCAAUCUCAACUCCUCCACUGCCACUCCUUCUCCUCCCUCCCCUCCCCACCCCCCUCCUCCUCCACCAACAUUACGUCCUCCUGAGGACUGGCGCGGACACGGAUGACCGACUGCCCCACACACUGGCAAACACACAGCAGUCUGUAACGCAGACAAAGGCUUCGAGGGACUUUUACUUCUUUACUUCGCCCUGGAAAAAGAAAUCCACCAAGGAGGAGAUGUCUUCUUGUCGGGCCCCUCCUUGUGCUGCUGGACACUCGUCAAUGUCAACAAUGAAAAGAGCGAGCGAGCGAAAGAAAGAAAAAGAAGUGUCUCAUGUUUCUACUUCACUCAGGUCAGCAUCUGUCUCCAGUGACGACGUUGUUCGCUAAACCACAUCACCCCCGGACAUUUCAGUACGGCACUGAGUGAAUCACAUGGAAACAACCGGAAAAAAACUAAAAUAUGUGCAAUUGUGAGGCAUGUGAGAUUUAUUAUUAUAAAAAAGUGGAUUGAUAUUAUUAAUAAUAACGCAUAAAUAUACAUACAUUGUAAAAGAUUGAAUGCAACGUAACUGUUGAUAUCUGUACCAUAGUGGACAUAUUAAUGUGUAUCAAAAUGAGUUAUUCUAUGUAUAGUGGGAGAACAGUCAGCGUAUCCCCGCACACCCCACCCAGUUACCCAUGAAGGUGUGAGUUUGUCUUUGUGUCUCUUGUCAACACAUUCUGGGACAAAUAAGCUUCUCUGUGUUACUUCUCA